AUGCGGAUCGGGCGCCAGCUACAUCUGCUCAUUAUCGCCGUUCUUCUGCUGUCCUCCUUCCUCUUUCUUCGAUCAAGCUGGAGUGACGUCGAGGCCGGAAAUCACUCUUCCCCUGGCUGGAUAUAUGAAGCGAAGGAGCCGGAUGUUGCUGAUGGAGCUGCUCAGAAAACAGACCUGCACAACCAACCGGUCCUCGAUCAUCCCACGAAAUCAGCGGAGGAGCGGUUGACCAGCAGUUACUCGGUACAUCCGACAGAGACGGAUGUAGUGAACGAAGCUGCACCAGACGUACCAGUACCCGACCGUGUAGUUGUCAUUGGAAGGCUACAAAGUGAAGACACGAGCUGGGUAGGCGAGGAACUACGGGACUGGCAGCAUGCCAUAUACAUCGUGGAUGAUACCAACAGCACUCACCCGCAUACGACAAUGAACAAAGGACGAGAGGCGAUGCCCUAUCUCACGUACUUGCUGGACCAUUACCACAAACUCCCCUCCACUAUUGCGUUCCUCCACGCUCAUCGCGCUGGUUACCCCUUGGCUUGGCAUAACGAAGGCGAGGACGGGUAUGAUGCGGUUGAGAUGCUGCGGACGCUCAACAUUGAUUUUGUGCAACGUAACGGCUACGCAAAUCUUCGCUGCAUUCACAUCCCUGGCUGCCCAGAUGAGAUACAGCCGUUCAGGAACCCGAGAGAGGAUCAUCGCUCUGCCGAACACGCCAUGCCAGAUGCCUGGGCAUACAUGUUCAAUAAUACAGAUGUUCCUGAGAAAAUAGGGACACCGUGCUGCGCCCAGUUUGCCGUCUCUCGGAGCCAGGUUCUCAAGAGACCACUGUCAGAUUAUCAACGCUAUAUGGAUUGGCUCAUCCAAACCCCUCUGACUGACGAUGUCUCUGGGAGAGUGUUUGAAUAUCUGUGGCAUAUUAUUUUCGGUCGCAGUCCUGUUUACUGCCCUUCUCAUGAGCAAUGCUAUUGCGACGUGUAUGGACGGUGUCCGUGA